UCACUGAUCACUAAAUUCAACAGUAGCAAAGGAGCGAGGUACACAAGAACUGAAGAUGGGAUUUAGAUCACAAAGACAAAAGAGAGCCAAUUUUUUACAGUCGCCUGGCCAUUGAAUCAAAAAAUAGAAAUUGUAUGCUAUCUUGAACAAAAACAUAAAAUUGUAGGCUAAAUCUAAAAGUAUUUGGCAAGAAAUCUGCCAAAUUAAGAUAAAUGGUUAAUGCGCUCUUAAUGUAUGUCGGUCAGCGAUAAUAUAAUGAACAAUAAUUAAUCAUGUAUUUUAGUAAUUUCCUAGCAAUUGGGAACAGUGUGUGCACACCCCGGGAUUGCCUUGCACCCUCGCCACGCAGUUGAGAUAUCACCUCCUCCAAUCUUCAAUAGACUUGAUGGGACACAGUAUCACCACAAGUAUGUUGUUAGCUUGCACUUGUAAGAACGUUAUUUGAAAAACACAUUUUUUCCCCCAGUGAAACUCAAAGCUAGAGAAAACUACCGCCGCGCAGUAGUCUAGUGGAUGUGUUUUUGACGUAACAAAACUGUACUGAUGGAAAGAGUAAUAUUUCACCGUGAUUAACGGGACAAGCUGUAGACUAGUCUAUUAAACUGAGGUCUGGACAUUAUGUGAAGGGCUGACAUGGGGGCGAGAGAUAGAGAGACACAUGGCCAGGCAAUGAUGGUAUGAGCUCCGCGCGCACUGCAUGCCCCAACUCAGCCAAACGUCUCCCAGCCUGAGUAAUAUGAGCGUUCGUGAACAUCAUCCAGGAUGUUUUCUGAUCUGGCUGGCCUCAACUACACCUACAACGUGAGCGACGACCCGUUCCGUUUCCUGGACCGGGAGUGGCGCGACGAUCCGAAAGAGACUCUGUCCAGGACUGGCUUCAUCGUGCUCUCUGUGUUCCUGGGCUUGAUCAUGACCUUCGGCUUCCUCAACAACUUCGUCGUACUGCUUCUCUUCUGCAAGUUUAAAACUCUGCGUACUCCGGUCAACAUGCUCCUACUCAACAUCAGCGUGAGCGACAUGCUGGUGUGCACGUUCGGCACCACGCUCAGCUUCACCUCCAGUAUCAAGGGAAAGUGGCUCCUGGGCCGCCACGGCUGCUUGUGGUAUGGCUUCAUCAACUCCUGCUUCGGUAUCGUGUCGUUGAUCUCCCUGGUGGUCCUUUCAUAUGACCGCUACAGUACCCUGACUGUGUACAACAAGCGUGGUCCUGACUACCGCAAGCCCCUGCUGGCCGUGGGGGGCUCCUGGCUGUACUCCCUGAUCUGGACGGUGCCCCCCCUGCUAGGCUGGAGUAGCUACGACCUGGAGGGGGCCGGCACCAGCUGCUCCGUGUCCUGGACCCUGAGGACGGCUCAGUCCCACGCCUACAUCAUCUGUCUGUUCGUCUUCUGCCUGGGCCUGCCCAUCGUCAUCAUGGUCUACUGCUACUGUCGGCUACUGUGGGCAGUCAAACAGGUGGGUAAGAUCCGUAAGACUGCGGCACGGCGGAGAGAGCACCACAUCCUGUUUAUGGUGCUGACCACAGUGGUGUGUUAUAUACUGUGCUGGAUGCCCUAUGGCGUGGUGGCCAUGAUGGCCACAUUCGGCCGGCCCGGCAUCAUCACCCCCGUGGCCGCCGUGGUACCCUCCCUCCUGGCCAAGAGUAGCACCGUCAUCAACCCUAUCAUCUACAUCCUCAUGAACAAACAGUUCUACAGGUGUUUCCUGAUCCUGUUCCGGUGUGAACGGCGCUCCACGGAGAACGGCCUCUCCUCCAUGCCCUCCAAGACCACCGUCAUCCAGCUCAACCGGCGUGUCUACAGCAACACGGUGGCGUGCACCGCCCAGGUCUCCACUGGUAUCCACAACCAUGGCUGCAGCACCCUGGCCACUGAGCGCAACAACCCUCCCGAGGUCACUUCCUGAGCAGGCACGCCGGGAUGACCAACGGGGAAGAGUGAAUGAUGACCGUUGGAUGAUGAUGAUACAGUAGCUAGCUAGCUGAGCGGUGUACUGUGCAAACCAAUAGACCAUCACAACGUGAAUGCUCCGAGCCCCAUGCAUAAAUACCCUCGGGGGUCUCUCCUCUGCUCGUGCCCAGCCACUUCGAUUUGUUUACUGAUCGCUGUGUUUACCUGUGCAUGUGUGUGGAUGUGGGAGAGAAAUUGUCCAUGUGUGUGCAAGAGAAAGUAAGUUUAUGUGAGUGUAUGGGGAGGAGGGUGUAAUAUAGUGAGCAUGUGUCCUGCAUGCAUAAGAGGAAGUGUGUGUAUCUCUGUGUAUGUGUGUGCAUGUGUGUGUGUAUGAAUUCUGUGUGUGUGUAGGAAUUCUGUGUAUGUGUGUAUGAAAUUUGUGUCUGUGUGUGGCUGUGAAUU